AAAUCUGUCAUAAAUUUAAUUAGCGACAAAUCAAAACCUUUAAAUUCUACUCUCGGCUUUGAUAAGAUUUAUGUUAUUAAUGAUCCAGAACGACCAGAUAAACGUAAAAAGUUAGAAAGUAUAGAAAAAAAAUUAAAUUUAAAUUUCGAAUUUUCUCCAGCAAUUUCUCAAUCAAAUUUCGAUGCUGUGAAAAAAUUUAAUCCACAUAAUUCAUUGGCACCAUCUGAAUCAGCUCAUUACCUUAGUCAUUAUAUGGUUUAUCAAUCAAUUGUUGAUUAUGGAUAUGAUAGUGCAUUAAUUUUAGAAGAUGAUAUAGAUUUUGAACUUAAUAUCGUAUCAAUUAUGACUAAUACUCGUCGUAAUUUACCUGCUGAUUGGGAAAUUUUAUAUCUUGGUCAUUGUAGUGAAUUAGAAGGUGAUUCUAGUGCAUUUUUAUCUGAUAAUAACGAUGAAUCUUCUGAAUACAAAUUAUUUAAAUCUAAGAAACCUUAUUGUACGCAUGCAUAUGCCGUUUCAUAUGUUGGUGCUAUCAAAAUUUUACAAAACCUUGCAAAACCAUCAAAACUAAUCGAUCUUGGAUUGGUUAACAUGGUUGAACAAGAAAUAAUUACUUCAUAUACUAUUAUACCACCAGUUAUCUCACGAUGGCGCAUUUAUGAUGAAUCGAAUGAGUAUCCCGGUCGAAAAACUUUCGAUAUACCAAGUUUGAAAGAUUCUACUUUAUAUUCCCUUGGACUCACUUUUGAAUCAAAUUCCACCCUUGGUUUUGGUCACAUUUACGUCAUUAACCUUUUAAGUCGACCAGAUAGGCGCAAAAAAUUAGAAACUUUGGCGAAUAAAUUUAAUUUAGACAUUGAAUUUAUUCCCGCAGUUUCUAAAGAUGACGAAGAAGCACAAGUUGAUCCAAGAUCUGGAUUGCGUUCAACUCAUAAGGCCUGUUAUCUUAGUCAUUAUAGAACCUACAAAUUAAUUGAAGAACGUGGAUAUGAAAGUGCUUUAAUUUUAGAAGAUGAUAUAGAUAUAGAACUUAAUAUCGCUUCUAUUAUGACCGAUAUACAUCAAAUUGUACCUUCAGAUUGGGAAAUCUUAUAUCUUGGCUUUUGUAGUAAUUGGGAAGGUUGGGGUGAUCCUAUAGAGGACAAGAAUAACAUUUCUCCAUCUUAUAAAUUGUAUAAUUCAAAAAUGCCGUAUUGUACACACGCUUAUGCUCUUUCGCGUGCCGGUAUCCGUAAGCUAUUAGAAAGACUUACUGAAGAACUAAAAAAUCCAAUUGAUCUUGAAUUAGUUGACAUGGUUGGUAAAAAAUAUCUUAAUGCAUAUACUAUAAUGCCACCGCUUAUUGUACAAUGGCGUUCUCCUAAUAAUCCAUCAGAUAUCUCUCCUGGUCAAAAAGCUUUGGAUUUCUAUUUCUUAAAGAAUUCCGCUUUACAUUAUUUAGGGAUUCUUAAAGAAUCAAAUACUACUUUUGGAUUUAAUUAUAUAUACGCUGUUAAUCAUCCAGAUCGACCAGAUCGACUUGAAAAAUUAGAAUCUUUAUCAGCUAGAUUAUUUUUUGAUAAGGAAAUUUGGCAUGCUAUUCUUGAUAAUAGUACUCAUCAGCUUAAUGAACUUAAUCCAAGUAGCGAAUUAAAACCUUCAGAAAAAGCACAUUAUGUUACUCACUAUAACAUUUAUAAAUCAAUUAUUGAUCGUGAUCAGGGUAGUGGAUUGGUUUUAGAAGAUGAUAUAGACAUUGAAGUUAAUAUUUCACUGAUUAUGACAGAAGUACAUCAAAGUUUACCUAAUGAUUGGGAACUUUUAUAUCUCGGACAUUGUAACAAUUUAGAAGGAAAAUCUAGCGAACCUAUAAUAGUAAACCAAAAUGAUAUUUCAUCUUAUAAAUUAUAUAAAUCUGAGAAGCCAUAUUGCACAUAUGCCUAUGCGGUUUCACGUGCUGGAGCUCAUAAAUUAGUAGAAGCUCUUCGUAAUCCGACAAAAUAUCCAAUUGAUCAAGAGAUUGUUAAAUUGAUUCAAGCAAAAAAAAUCAAAUCCUAUACUUUAAUACCACCGAUUGUCGUACAUUGGCACUUUCCUAAUGAAUCACCAACAGAUAUAUCUCCUGUUGACCAAACUUCUGAUUUUUAUACUUUGAAAAAUUCUACUAUAAAAUUCAUAGGCUAA